AGUCGCUUGCUACGUCAAGAACAAGAAGGUCAUGAAGUUGGGCGUCCUGUGUCUGUUGCUGUGUCUCGCCUCUGCACAGAAGCACGAGGCUACAGAUGAGGCUUCCAAGGAGGCAGACCAGUGGACCAGCGAUGAGGACACCUCUCUGCGCGCCGCCGCCAGCCACGCGCCCUCCCACGCCCUGAGCUCCGAGGAGGACGACGAUGACGACCUGGACCUUGACUCCGAGGAGGAGCCGCGGGAAGCCAGCGAGAAGUCCAAGGUGGAUACCGAGGACCACUAUGUGUACGAGUACGAUGACAUGGAUGACAUGUACGAGGACGACUACGAGGACGAGGGCGAGGAACGUAUCAAGAGAAAGGUGAUCUUCGGCGGCGGCGGCGGUUACGGCGGCGUACAGCGCGGCAGGGGCGGCGGCGGCGGUGGUGACCCCUACGGACGACGCCGCGGCAACCACAACUACCACGGCCCGGACUACGGCAACUACGGAUCGUGGCCGUACGGGCGUGGCGAGUACGUGGACACCACCUCCUUCGACAACCCCCGAUCCGAGGCCCAGGAGCCCACCACCACCACCACCACCACCACCACCCGCCCGCCCCAGACCCGCACCCCCGCCAGGUCCAGGGCAUACGGCAUCGUGCGCUCCUCUCCCGGUGACGGGGACGUGCCCAGCACCUCCGGCAGGAAGUCCAAGACUGGCCGCCGCGAGACCAAGAGGAAGCUGCCCAAGGACCUCAAGUGGGAGAUCGCCGAGUACGCCCUGCAGUACGGCACGCGGCAGGCCGUGCACCACUACUCCCAGCAGGUCGGCAAGCGCAUCAGCGAAAAGAAGAUCGAAAAGUUCGUGCGGCGGUACCAGCAGCGGCAGGAGCGGGUCGAGGCGCGCCAGAACUAGUCCCUGCAUCCGCCUUGACGCCUCGAAGCCUCGAAGCCUCGAAGCCUCGACGCCUCGCUGUACAUACUUCCGUCAGACACGCUGGCCCUCCAGAGAGCGCCGCGGCGCAGCGCAGUGGGCGUCUCUGGAGUUAUUUACAGUUAACUUAAGUCCCUGAGGGGCGCUCCUAUAGCCACGAGGUCCCGCAGGACGAGUAAGCUAGGCAUCCUUGUUGCUGUACACCAGGUAAGCUUCCCGUUCACACUCAGCCAGCCGCCAGGGGAGGGGAUCGCGUGCAUCAGUGGGGCAGCGCGGCCCAGGUGUGGUCGUGCUGCCGUGCUGCGCGAGAAGACGUUCGCGCCAUCAAGCUCUCUCAGCCUCGCAUGUUGCCGUAGUCACGUAAGCUGUAUUACCUCACACCUUGUACCUGGAAGAGAGAGAGAGUCAGUCUUCUUGCUGCCGGUAAUGGAAAGCACACUAGGAGGAUCGCGCCCCUCAGCACAGCGUCCCUACUUGCUUCGUUUUGUCAAUCAUAAAAAAAAAAGAAGAAAAAAAGAUCCCAGGACCAUUCGCAGGUUAGGAUUGUUGCAGGCUUUCAUAUUCAGACCAAUGAUAUUAAUGCUAAGUGAAGUGCAACGAAUAGGUAACUUAUAACCCGUGUAGUGUAAAAGGUUUCCCUUGCAGCGCCUCACCUCGUCCCUGCUGGCGUGUGUGUGUGUGUGUGUGUGCGUGUGUGGCUCAGCUCAUCACCACGCCGCCACCACACACACACACCUUGUCACUGUUAUUGUUGUUAUUAUUUGUCUUGUUUCCUUUUCCGAACAGGGUACAAGGAAGAGGGAGAGGAGAACGACAAAUGUACGUAAAAAUGAGUUCAAAUACAAAGGUACAUGUCGGGCAGGUGAGGUGAUUGUAGGGACAGGUGAGGUGAGAUGCCGCUGAACACCUUUGCUUAUUGUGCAUAUAGCUUUGACUAGUGCCUGUGUAACCUGUGUCUUAUAUGAGGGUUUUGACGUGUGUGUGUGUGUGUGUGUGUGUGUGUGUGUGUGUGUGUGUGUGUGUGUGUUAAAUUCACAAAACUUGGUACGUAUUUUUGUUAUAUUUACUUUAUCUCCCCACAAUCAGUAUAAAGUCAACACGUGCACGUACAAUAAAUCUCAGACACGUGUCAGAACUAAGCACGUGCGAGGUAACCACAAGUCACGUGCAUCUGAAACACUUUAGUUCAAAUUCUGGUACAUUCAUUUUUCCUCCCAUAGUUUUCUGUCCAUAUCUCUUUUUUUUUUAUCCGCGUCUUCCCGUCCAUCCGUGUUUCCAGCUGUCUGUCUUCCUGCCAAUCCGUCUUUCUGUCCUUCUUACCACUAAUACAGAAAAAAAAUUACGAAAAACAUUAUUUAGAGAGAGAGAGAGAGAGAGAGAGAGAGAGAGAGAGAAUGUGCGUGCGUGCGUGCUCCAAGGCGGUCACCCAUCCAAGCACUAACCAGACACUUCGUUGCUUAACUUCGCUGAUCGGACAAGAAGCCGUGUGUGUGUGUGUGUGUGUGUGUGUGUGUGUCAGAAGUUUCCACGCAUGUCAGACCUCGUGUAGCUCUUUAAGAAUAUUUAUGAUAGUUUGUUUAUAAGAGCAAAUGUUGUACUCUUCUAUACGUGUGAAACCAAAAUAUAACACUGAGCAAAAG